AUGGAUUCCUCUCUUCCUGCUGAUCCAUAUGCCGCCUUAGGAGUGUCCAAGAAUGCCGAUGCAGCUACUAUCAAAUCGACAUACCGGAAACUGGCCUUGAAAUGUCACCCAGACAAAGUCACCGAUGAGUCGCAGAAGCAGCAGAAGCGGGAGGAAUUCCACAGAAUCCAGCAGGCGUACGAGUUGAUUGGCGACGAGGAUAAGCGGACAGCUUAUGAC